GUCCAAUCCAAGACCAAUAUAUGAAUGCCCAAACAAGCCCUACACAAAAGUGCAGCCCUCCACCCACAUUACUCUGCAGUACAAAACCCACCAGCCCCCCUUCUCAUAUAUCUCUUCAUCACCUCUUUCUCCUCAUAAUAUCUCCCAUAUAAAUCCACUCCUCAUUCUCUCCAACCCCCACAAACACUAGACCUCUCAGCAGCUAGCUGUGAUGGACCCCUCAGCCGCGGCCUCGUCGUCGACAUCGGGUGCAUCGAAGGCCAACUAUGAUCUGCAUGGUGGUGGCACUGGCGGCUCUUCUAACUCGGCUUCGUCUUCUUGGAAGAAUAGUAAUGCUGGCGCAGCUCAUUUCCCUCUGCCUCUGCAUAGCAAGGGUAAACUUGAAAGCGAUGAAGAUAUGUUUACAGUUCCUGACAUUGAAGCUCCAGAAGUGGCAGCUGCAAAAAUGGAACAGAAGGACUUCAAUACCGAAAACAAGAGCAAUGUUGCUGGCAGUGGUAAUAAUAAUAAAGAUGAUCAGCAGACUACUGGAAAACGCAGAAGGGGUCGUAACCCCGUCGAUAGAGAGCACAGAAGACUUAAGAGGUUGCUGAGGAACAGAGUGUCAGCUCAACAAGCCCGAGAAAGGAAGAAGGUGUAUGUUAGUGAUCUUGAGUCUAGAGCUACUGAGUUGCAGGACAGAAACUCUAAGCUUGAAGAGAAGAUCUCAACUCUCAUAAACGAAAAUACAAUGCUCAGAAAGGUGCUCCUGAACACUCGGCCUAAAACUGAUGAAAGUAGUUAAGCGAGCCUAGUAGUUAACAAAUUAUUAGUAUAUAGAUACACAUGAUGCAUAUGAUUUGGCCUUUCGAGGUGUUAUAUUAUUAGCUGCACAAUGUCAUUAAGAUCCUUAGAUGGUAGCUAAGCAGCCUUUAUUGGUUAUUUUCUUGAUCUAAGACUACUUGUAAUUGAGUUCUUGUAUAACUUGAGCCUACUAUAUAUAACAUAUUCAUCAUUUGAUCUUGA